UACCGGAAAAGCUGCCUCGGGCCGCUCUGGCCUGCCGGAGGACUUGCCCUCGGUGUCCGGGGAGGUGCCGGAUAGCACCUGGCAGCCGUGGGCGGCUCUAAGGAGACCAAGUUUGCGGGUUUGUAGGUUUGUUGUGUUUCAGCCAUGGGGCAACAGGAUGUGUGGCGACUCCUGUGGAGGUUCAAUUCAUUCAAAAGGAUUAAUAUCAUAUUGCAACAUUUGAGAAUGUCCAAGCACACUGAUGCAGCAGGAGAUGUCAUAUUGGAAAAGAAAGGUUGUGGAGGAGUGAUAACCCUAAACAGACCUAAGUUUUUAAAUGCACUGAAUAUUGAUAUGAUUCGGCAGAUUCAUGCGCAGCUAAAGAAAUGGGAACAAGAUCCUGGAACCUUCCUGAUCCUUAUAAAGGGAGCUGGAGAAAAGGCUUUCUGUGCUGGGGGUGACAUCAAAGUGAUCGCAGAAGCUGUGAGGACAAAACAGAAAUUGAUUCAGGAGUUCUUCAGAGAAGAAUAUUUGUUGAACAAUGCUGUUGCUUGUUGCCAGAAACCAUAUGUUGCACUUAUUGAUGGAAUUACAAUGGGUGGGGGUGUUGGUGUGUCAGUUCAUGGACUUUUCCGAGUAGCUACUGAAAAGACUGUUUUUGCAAUGCCAGAAACAGCAAUAGGACUGUUCACUGAUGUGGGUGGAGGUUAUUUCUUGCCACGACUUCAGGGAAAACUUGGAUACCUCCUUGCUUUAACUGGAUUCAGACUGAAGGGAAGAGAUGUGUACAGAGCAGGAAUUGCUACGCAUUUUGUAGAUUCUGCAAAGAUUAGAAUGUUAGAGGAAGAUUUGUUAGCCUUGAAAUCUCCUUCAAAAGAAAAUAUUGCUGGUGUAUUAGAAACCUACCAUGGAGAGUCGAAGACUGAUCAAGAUAAGCCUUUUGUACUUGAGGAACACAUGGACAAAAUAAACAGUUGCUUUUCAGCCAGUACUGUGGAACAGAUAAUUGAAAAUCUGCGGCAAGAUGGCUCACCUUUUGCGCUAGAGCAGUUGAAGGCACUCAAUAAAAUGUCUCCAACAUCACUGAAGAUUACACUAAGGCAGCUCAUGGAGGGAUCUUCAAAGACAUUGCAAGAAGUGUUAACUAUGGAAUAUCGGCUAAGCCAAGCUUGUGUGGGAAGUCAUGAUUUUGAUGAAGGUGUUAGAGCUGUUUUAAUUGAUAAAGAUCAGAGUCCAAAGUGGAAACCAGCUACUCUAAAAGAAGUUACUGAUGAAGAUCUGAAUCAUUAUUUUCAGUCUCUGGGAAGCAAUGAUUUGAAAUUUUGAGGUGACUGGCCUUUUAAGGUACAUUUGGAGCAGGGGCUGACCAACUAUUGUAUGUGGGCCAAAUCUGGCCUGCUGCCUAGUUUUACACAGCUUGCAAGC